UAAUCGACCAAAACAACUCUGGUCACACUAGGAAGUUCACGAGGAAACCAAAAUCAAUUUUUAUUGAAAGAAAAGUGCGAGCGUUUUUCUGUUAAAGCUUAAUUAAAUGCCAGUGGAAACUGCAUUUUCCGCCGUCUGUCCGUCCUAACCUCCGUGGCUGUGCUCCAAAGGGUUGCGUUCAACGCGAACCCGUGAUUCUCCAACCGUGUGCGUUCCGUCAAAGCCGCAAAAGUGGAUACCGAAACAGUGAAAAUCGAGGAUUUGAUGGACUCUGAUCCUGAAAUCGAGUUCAUCGAAAAGGACAGCGGGAUGUCAUCGUUAGGUGGUAGCAAGGACGAGACGCCCGAGCGGCGAGCAGUGGCGGCACCAUCGAAUGAGCCUCAGGGGGAGAACUACGAUGAUGAACCCGACGAGUCUUUGGGCGAGCGCUUCUGGGGCCUGACUGAAAUGUUCCCGGAACCUUUACGCAAAGCGGUGGGUGCUGUAACCAAUGGCACCGUCACGGGCUGCAAACGCCUGUACACGUUCUCGUGCAAUGCCAGCUGGAUAUUCUUCACCAGCUCCGUCAUUCUGUUUGCCCCGGUCAUCUUUGAGACGGAGCGCGCCCAGAUGGAGGAGUUGCAAAAGUCGCAGCAAAAGCAGGUUCUGCUAGGACCCAGCAGUGCGAUGGCCUCUGGACCCUCGCCCGGCCUGCCCAUGAUUCGUUAAAACCUACCACAUACGCAUAUAUUAGCUCUACGAGAUACAAACCGGCAGCGGAAAUCCAGAGAACUGCGGGAAUUUUGCCACACGUUUAGCUUAAGUUUCGUCAAUACCAACAGAAAAUACAAUCCCAGUCGAAGUUGCAAGUCGAGGGCGCCGCGGAUGUGAGCCAACUAUAUAAACCAUAGCCCAGCAUUUACGGAUGCCAGCAUAUCCAAAGCAUCCGCAAUCUCUACACCUCUGGAGCAUCCAUCAUCAUGGGGGGCAUCGACCGGGCGCCCUUUGCGAACGAAAACAAGGAGCUGCAAGUUUCAGAUAGGUGUUAGCAUUGUAGUUCGCGUACACAGUGUAUAAACAAAAGCAACCACUAUGGUUUAAACCAAUUAAUAAAAAAUAUGUUUAUUAAGAGUUAAAAA